AUGGGAAAAAUCACCAUCUACGAGGACCGGGGCUUCCAGGGCCGCCGCUACGAGUGCAGCAGCGACUGCCCCAACCUGCAGCCCUGCUUCAGCCGCUGCAACUCCAUCCGGGUGGACAGCGGCUGCUGGAUGCUCUACGAGUGCCCCAACUACCAGGGCCACCAGUACUUCCUGCGGCGCGGCGACUACCCCGACUACCAGCACUGGAUGGGCCUCAACGACUCUGUCCGCCCCUGCCACACAAUUCCUUACACUAGCUCUCACAGGAUAAAGCUGUAUGAGAGACAUGGCUAUGGAGGCCUGGUGUCCAAGCUCAUGGGGGACUGCUCCUGCCUGCAGGACCGCUUCCAGCUCAAUGAGCUCCACUCCCUCCACAUGCUGGAGGGCUGGUGGGUCCUCUACGAGAUGCCCAACUACCAGGGGUGGCAGUACCUGCUGAGGCCAGUGGACUACAGGAGCUACCACGACCGGGGAGGCCUGGAUGUCAAAGUCGGCUCUCUGAGAUGCGUCAUCGAUUUGUACUGGGCUGUGUUUUUCUUAUUAUAA